AUACAAUGUAUAAUGAAACACAAUAUUCAUCAUUACUUAUUUGUCCAUGUUGAUAUUAAAUAAUAUUUUGAGAAUGUGAUUAGGAUUGUCAGGUGAAGCUGUAAAACAUUCAAGUUGUCCAGUAGUUUCAAGGUCAUUUAAAAAACGCUGCAAACGGCACAUACAAUUCAACCAUUUUCUUAAAAAGAGAUUAUCAAUGGUAUCCUAGAGAUUAACAAUGGCAAGUGUUGAGGCAAACCUCCAGGAGAUGCUGACAUGCCAAAUCUGCUUUGAUUCAUACACACUUGAUCCACCUAAACACCCCAAAGCCUUGCCUUGUCUGCAUACCUUCUGCCUAUCAUGUUUGGAGCAAUUCCAAGGUCACACCUCUGUUGAGUGCCCAUCAUGCAGAAGAAGUCAUGAGAUACCAAAAGAUGGAUUCCACACACAUUUCCAUUUCUUAUCAUUAUUGGACACCCCAGCCAGGAAAUCAACUCUUGUUCAGCCAAUGGUGCGACAAAAGCUACAGCUGGAAAAUAAAUGUGUGAUCCAUGGGCUAUCUGUCGGCAGAAAUGAUGAUGUCAUUGCUGUGAGAGGACGCACCAUUCAAAUCUAUGAUGCGAAAUUUGGACUGAAAGAUACACUCCGCCUCAAGCAAUAUAUUGCGAGCGCUACCCUGAUGUCAGAUGCCAUGCUGGUGAUUAAGGAAACCGCAUCAUCGACCCUAAAGAUCUUAAACAUGAAGGGAGACUACCAAGGUUCCAUCAACAAUCCUAAGUUUUCAAAAUCAAUGACCGUGGCAAAUGGAGGAUGCAACAAAUUGGUGAUCGUUAAACAAAAUAUGGUGUUGUACCUCGAGUCAACUGACAACAUUCAAUGGGUGGAAAAGGCAUGCAUACAACAAAGUUUCUUCCAGCUCAUGUACCAGCACAAGUUCUUUGAGGCACCAUGGUAUGCCACUGUCAACUCAAAAGGAAUCCUAAUUGUGUCAGACCAUCACCGACACUGCAUUAGAGGACUCAAUAAACAAGGCACAGACGUUUUCUGUUACAUGAAAAAUGAAACAUCCUUAGACAACCCUGGAGAUGAAAACCCAGAAAGUAAACUCCACUGGCCACGAGGAAUUUGUGUUGAUGUCCAAGAUUACAUCAUUGUAGCAGACCACAUGAACCAGCAGGUGGCGCUACUGUCUCCCAAAGGAGAUUUUAUACGAUAUCUCCUGACAAAACAAGAUGGUGUAAGGUUUCCCCGCUCUGUUGUUGUGAAUAAUAAUGGACAGUUGAUAGUAGGAGAUGACUGGGGCCAGGUGUUUGUAGUGGAAUACAGGAAAUAUACUGAUAUGGUAUAAAUAAGGACUUGCCUAUGUAUAGAAAAAUGACAUUAACAUAAUAACCAUGGACAGAGACCAUUUGUAGUAAUACAUAGGCAACAAUAUGCAACUACAUCAUGCAACAAGUCUAGCAAUCUUGCUCAAUUCCCUUGUGUAAUCCUGUGUAGUCUGCGAUUAUCAAUACCAUGUGUUAAGGACAAGUUAUUUCAUGGCACAGAGGAAGCUUAAAUUCUAACUUACUGCACAUUGGGACCAUAGCAAACAGCUUGGUUGGAGGGUAGGGUCCAGGGGGUGGUGGUCCAGAUGAUUGCCCAUAUCUUAUCAUCACUACCUGAAACAUAUUACCUCAGCAAGUAAAGAUCAGCUUUUGUAUCAACAAUUUAAUUAUGAAGCCAUAAAAUUAAAUUAAAAUGGAGUGACAUCAAAUUAACUGUUAAGAAUAAAUGAAUUAAAAUAAUAUCAAUAUGAUGAUAUACACAUAUUCAUUCAUUUAACCUUACUAAGCAUCAAUACAGCGCAACAUAAGCCUUUGAAGCAUAGAAAUUGCAUGCAUAACCCACAUCACAAACAAAAUAAUAUAGAAGUACAUGUACAUGAACUUACGGGUAUAACUGCAGAGUUCUUCUGGAAGAUGAUUAAUGGAGAACUUCACAUAGAUGGCCUUGGAGACAUGCUCUGUGUUAUAUUCUAAUUCUGCUUCUGCCAAGGCUGUCCUUUAGUAGCAACCAAAUGGAUCAUGUAGUUAUAUAUGUGAUAUUAAUACCUUCAUUUUUCUGGUAUACUAAUCAUUUUACAAGAUAUAACUUCAGGUGGUAGAAUCUUCAAAUUGUUUUUUGACAGUAUUAGUCAAGAAGUGGGGAAAGCUAUGGAAUUCAUUUUCAAGUGCAUAUGAAUUACAUUUCAAGCUUAUCAACUGCUUGUAUUGUAUCUUAGAGUAAAAACUGUUACUUGCAUCUAGUUUAAAUAACACAAUAUGAAUCCCUACUCUCAAUGAUGCAGGUCGUUACAUGGGCUAUGAGUGUGUUCUAUAUUUAUAAGCAGUUAUUGUCUUUCAAUUCAUUUAAAUCCACAAUACAUGUUCAACAAAACAUUCCAUCGAAACUGAAUCAUUUUUAUUACAUGUUUUUUUCUUUUUUUAUCUGUGAAUAACUGAAUCAUGAAGUAAAUGUAAUAUUCUAUUUGGUAUAUUGUUUCUCUUUCUUACUUUAUUUAAUUUUAAUGUACUCUUAAAAGGCAACAGUUAAUGAAAACACAGAAUGAAAUUUUGCGCUAAGGGCUGAUGUGAAAAAGGCAGUCAACCCUAGUGAGGAUCGAACCCAUG